AUGGACAAUUAUCAAGACACCGAUCCUUGGAAUGCCAGCUCCAAUGCGUGGAAAAAGAGUGAUGAUCCGGGUGUUCAUACGGAGGACACUGAACCUUCCUUUAGCAGAGUUUCCAGCGAAUUCAAUACAUUAAAUUUGUCAACACCCUUGGACACAAAUGAGGAAGAUACCGGCUUUCUGCCGGCCGAUGAUGUCCUUGAAGAAAGUAUCUGGGACGAUAAUAGGAAUACUGUUAAUGGAGACGGUAUAAACCGGGCUUCCAAUCUAGUGACUGGUGAAACGGCCUCAGGCCAGAACGAUCCUGAGAAUUCGAACACCGAAGAAACUGAAGCCGAUGUAUCUGAUUGGGCCAAUAAAAUCAGAAGAACAUACAGGCCUUUAGAUGCCAAUGUUAUUGUCAUUGAAGAGAUACCUGAAAGAGAGGGUUUAUUAUUUAAGCACGCUAAUUACUUAGUAAAACACCUAAUUGUUCUACCAAGUAACUCUCCUUCUGAGGAGCGAACUGUCGUAAGAAGAUACUCUGACUUUUUGUGGUUAAGAGAAGUUUUGCUGAAAAGAUAUCCUUUUAGAAUGAUUCCUGAGUUACCUCCUAAACGAAUUGGAUCGCAAAAUGCAGAUCAGAUUUUCUUGAAGAAAAGAAGAAUAGGUUUAUCUAGGUUUAUCAACUUGGUAAUGAAGCAUCCUAAGUUAAGUAAGGACGAUUUGGUGUUGACAUUUUUAACCGUCCGCACUGACUUAACGAGUUGGAGAAAGCAAGCAACAUACGAUACUUCAAAUGAAUUUGCUGAUAAGAAGAUAUCGUCAGAAUUCAUGAAAAUGUGGAAAAAAGAAUUUGCGGAACAAUGGAACCAAGCCGCGUCUUGCAUUGACACCUCACUGGAACUAUGGUAUAGAAUUACACUGCUUUUGGAAAGGCAUGAAAAAAGAAUUAUGCAACUAGUUCAAGAAAGAAAUUUUCUUGAAACACUAGUAGAUAACUUUGGUGAAGUGACCCCAAAGCUUUAUCCAGUGCAGCAAAACAGUACCAUAUUAGAUAUUAAUAAUAACUUCAGCAUAAUUAAAAAACACCUAGAAACUACGAGUAGCAUCUGCAAGCAAGAAAUGGAAGAGACAUCAGGGACACUGUCCCCUAAAUUCAGAAUCUUCACGGACAUUUUGCUUUCUUUGAGAAGCCUAUUUGAAAGAUACAAAAUCAUGGCUGCAAAUAACGUGGUUCAAUUACAAAGACACGUUGAGUUGAACAAAGAGAAGUUGGAAUCAAUGAAAGGGAAACCAGAUGUGAGCGGAGCCGAAUAUGAUAGAGUAAGAAAAAUCAUUCAGAAAGAUAGAAGAAGCAUAAUAGAACAAUCCAAUAGGGCUUGGCUAAUUAGACAGUGUAUCUUAGAGGAAUUCACGAUCUUCCAAGAGACCCAGUUUUUGAUAACGCGUGCCUUUCAGGACUGGGCAAAAUUAAACACUAAUUAUACUGGUCUUAAACUGAAUGAGUGGGAAAAGCUGGUCACAAACAUCAUGGAUAUGCCUAUUUCUCGUGAGUGA